UGUGUGUGCGGGGACACCUGGCGAUGGGCUGUCAUCCCGUCCAGUGUUGCCAGGCGUCUGCUGUCUUACCGUUAAGACUUUUCCUUCCCUUUCUCGGAACAGGUGCGUUCAAAAUAAACAGGAGGAGCCCCGCUUACCUGCUUCACACUCCCCCUCGCCGCCAUCUCUGCAAUUAGAAAAUAAACAGACCCCGGAGAGGCCACGCCCCCGCACAGCUGACACCCAGGAAGCUCACACAGCACUUCAGUGGCGACUGGCACGCAAGGCGCAAGGACUGAAAGACGCGUCUCCGAACUCCGAGGAGCGGGCAGCCCGCAGGUGCAGCUUAUUUGGCACCAUCAUGCAAGUUAGAGUCGAUUCUUCUACUGGGGUCCUGCAAGUCCCACUGUAGCAGGUAAACCUUAAGCGGCAGCACAUGGCACUUCACUCAUCUGCAUGCUGGAACUUUUCUCUACUGAAGUCAGCCCUGGCGUCAUGGCAGUCACAGAGUCCGACAUUCUCCGGAGCGUCCACGCUAUCUUACGAGAGUUAGAUGGACAUCACCCGGCCUCUCAAUUCAACAGAGGGAUGCUGAGAUGGACGCUACAUAAAAAGAUUGAAAGAAACCCUGCGAGCAAUUGUACUUUAGUGAGAGUUGUCAUUAAGGAGCUGGAGAAGGCUGAGAAGGCUGAUAACAAACUGUAUAUAAUUCCUUUGAUUCACACCUUGAUGUACGGCUUUAUUCAAGCCACAGACAUUCCAGAUCAGCUGUACAAGAGAGUGUAUGACUUCUGCACUCGUCUAUUAACACUACCACAGCCAUACUGUAGCAUCGGCUUCAGCUAUGCCAACAGCGUGAAGACAGAGCGAUCGACUCCAGGGGUUCUGUAUCAUCGUCUGCUCGCUUCUGAGCAAAACUUGAAGAAUGACCACUAUACGUAUCAAGAAAGGGUGUUUGUGUUUGCAGACCCCAGCUUGUUCUCAGAGGAGAUGAGUGCUGCCCUGGCUGAAGAGUUUGAGUCAGCAGAUAUCUGCAGGAGCCAAUCAAGCUACAUGUGUGAUGGAAUCCUGCACAUUAUGCAAGCGGCGCUUGGGGGGAGCUGCUGCACACGGCGUUUAGGCCGAGCUCUGCAGAGCAAAGAGCAAGACAUGAUCGAGCUGUACUUUCAAGAGUUGGUGGCCAUAGUAGAGCAGAGUGCUGAGGAUGUUGGAGGAAACCGUAGCCAGUACGUGGAAAAGCUGCGGCAACUGUACUUGACCAUCACAGGCCCUACGACAAGAGCCUUUGAUGAGUCAAUGACCGGCGCCCCUUCUGGCAUUUCGAUUCCAAACCCCAACAUCUCCUUUCACAUGUGGAAUGAGGAUACGCUUCUCUGGCAAGAGCUGUCAAAAGUUAUCAAGAGAGGCUUCUCCCGAGCAGAUUCAGAGUUCUUUGACUUGCAGGACUCGAUUGCAGACCUGACCUCAACUGACAUGAUAAGGCUUUCUAUACUCUCUACAGACAGCGGUAUUGAGAGAGACCUUCCUUUGUCGGAGAUGCUUCCUGUGAUCGAGGAGCCUGGCAGUAGCAAAGGAGAGCCAGAACAGGGGCGGCUUGUGAGAAAGGGUGGCAUCAAGAUGAAACCCUCCAUAACAGACACCAUAGCCAGCUCGGCUGAGGAGACAGUUACCUGCCCACCAGGAAAGCUGCAGAGAAGAUCUGGUAGCCAAGGCAUCUCCGGGAGCAGAAGUCAGAGACAAUACACGGCACGUGUCGUGCUUCUGGGAGAUGAUCGGAUUCUGGGAAAAAUGGCAAAAGCGUACUAUUCUAUCAGGAAAAGGGAAGCCAGACGGCCAUUCCUCUUGCCCAAGAUGAAUUUACAUAUCUACUGCAUCCCUGUGUGCAACAGCCAGCCAGGGUCACCAUCAACAGAGUUGGAGUAUCUAUCGGCUGAGAAGAUGGACACCUGCCAGCUAGCCGCCUACCUGGGGAGGGCAGACCCCUGGUAUGAGAGUAACAUCAACAGCCUUUCCCACAUGAUCCCCAAGUUAGCCAAAAUGAAUUGCUGCUCUGGCAAGACUUCAGCUGCAAACCCCUUCCUGGUGGACAUCAUUUCCUACUAUGUGCGAAUGGGUCAGCAGCCCGUCUACUUCUGUAUUUACUCAGUCAAGAUAUCCUUUUCCUGCUUGACAAAAGAGGCUGUAGAAGAUGUCUUUCUGACACAGGCAGAGAUCUGCAUUCCAGAAUCGCCAAGCGCUGGAGAAAACACUUUGACACGGAAAAGGAAUAUGACUGAAAGUUUUGGUGCUGUCCUGUCUGUCACUUACAAGAAGGCAUCUCUAAGCAACAGGGAGUGUGAGAAAUCGCUGACCUUGCGCACCAGUGGAGUCGUCAUAAAUGCUAUUCCAUCCUGUACCACAGAGGACUUUGACUGCUUGACCAUCUGCUUUUCUGAUGGCCUGAAAGUUAAGUCAACUGAGGACAGCAAGAUCAGAGCCUCUAGUAUUAAAAUAAGAAGCCUUGAGCAAAAAUCGUUCAAUGUCUGCUUUGACAAGGAUCACAGGAGGGUCUACAAAGAGGUGUCAAGCAUUGAAGUGUCACCUUGUCUGGAUCCAGGAUUCUGCUUGCAGAAAAAGAGAGAUACAAAAUUCUUCUUUGGGGAAGACCAGAAUGUAGGCCUGACACAGUACAUGCCCAAAGGACUCUCUCUGGCCAUUAACACGUUUGCUGGCAUCAUUCGCUGACUUCUACAGGGCACUGUUAUAAUUGUUACAUUAAGUACCUUGGAAGGUCUUUCUCUGCACUUAACAAAUGCUCAGGAAACAUCCCACCAGUUCAAGCUUCUGGCUUGGAUACUGCAGUUCAACAGAAUAUGCUCUGAACAGUCACCUCAUUCGUGAUGAUGCGAUGGAAGAUGGAAGCCUGCACUGAAAGAAUUGACGCUGCAUCCGUGGUAAGACAGCAACCACUGCCUCUAUGGGCAGCAUUCUACACUUCUUUGUGACCAAGAAAUUAAUAUUCAGGGUUGCACUUGUCCUUCAAGCAGUAAAUGAUGCUGCAGCUACCCACCACUCUGACCUCAGCCUCGGUCCACACGUUUUCUCCCACAUCCAGUGGGUCAAAGUGUAUGGAGUACUGUGUGUGAUGUACUAACUACAUGUUUAUACCACUGUAGUGAUCAAAGCAGGAGUGUCAAGCAUGGUGAGCUACAGCCUACCUCUAUCAGCCCUGGAUGCAAGGCACAAUGGCUUCUCAGUCUUAAACAUAAUUGUCAGUGAUAUAUGUAUGCACUAAUCAAACUCUGUUGGUUCAGGGAUAACCCUGAACAAGUGGCAGUACCCCACCAGUGACAGAAACCUGAUCAACAGUGAUGGUCACGCUGGAAGUGGAGUAGAAAAAUGAAAAGAAUGAAGGGAAAUCAUUGUUUCAUCCAGAAUCAUAGCAAUGGCAGACUGCAUGGUGAAUGAGCAAUUCAUUUCAAAAUGGUUCAUAUGCAGUACAUUAAGUACUGCUAAAGCAGACUGUUUGCACAAAAGACCAACUUUCCAGAAGGUAUGCAGCAUAGCUGCUACAUAUAUACAAUGGACGGACAUAAAGGUGUCUAUACUAAACUAUGUUAGACUUCUGAUUAUUUUG